GGCUCACAGGGCUAUACCAAAUAAAUGAACUAUGAACUAUGAAUCUUGCCAAUUUCAUAAUAAUUAUUAUCGCUAGUUCGUGUGACAAUUAUAAUACACGUUGUAAGAGUGUAGCGUAUCAACACAAUCGCAUCUCAAAGAUAAAACUAUUGGGCUGAUUGUCUCAACGACUCUCAGUUGAGCUCUACAGAUGAGUUAUGUCCAUUAAUCACGCCACAGCUCAUCGCAGACAGGUAGGGGUUUAAUGAUUAUUGAAGGGAGACCCGAGAGGGAGACUCUACCACCACCGGCAUUUGAGCUCCCAAACGCGUAGACGGGCGAUGACGAAGCCUCAAGCAUCACCGAAGUCCUUAAAGCCACCAGAGAAAGGAGAGGCGGGAGCUGUUGAAUGGAAAUGCGACUGCCCGUGUGCGGACGAACGCAGGGACGUGCAGAGGAAAGCACAAUCAGAAGAAGUGGAGCCCCAAACCCAAUGCGAGAAAUCCUGGGACAGGUUCAACAUUCGCCCAGACAUCGAUGAGGAGGAGUCCUCAACUCGGGGUCUUCGGGUUCUCAGGUUUAUCCUCCUGACACUGCUCUUCCUCGCCGUGUUCGGAACGGCGGUGCUCAGCAAGGAUGCGCAGAGUAUCGUGACGCUUUUUUCUGUCUCGCGUGUGCAAUGUGGUGGAAUGCAACUGAGCCUGGUGUACUUGGCCGAGAUGAAGAGGGUCGCCAGGCAGGCCGGCGAGCUCGACCAGAACCAGUUCUAUUCCUGGGUCCUCGCCUUCGUUCUCGUCCUCCCCAACAUCUUCAGCUCCAUCCACUGCGGCCUCCGGCUCGCCUUCAAGAACUCCGAUGUCUCCAAUCGGAUGAUGAUCGCUCUGAAUUGCCUGCUGGAAGGCUUCAUCGGCCUCGGAGCGGCGCUCAUGGCCAUCGUCGUCCUCCCGGCGGAGUCGGCGAACCUUCUCAGCAGCAUCCUCCUCCUCAACGGUGUCACCCUGGUGCCGAGCUCGCUGCAGUUCGCCGGCAGGUGGACGGGACGCAGGAAGCCGCCCCGGACGUCCAAGCUCCUGAGUCUGGCCUCCCUCUGCUGCUGUCUCGUCGCCUUAGCACUGUCGGUCGCCAAGGCGGCGUUGGUGGCGCCCGACGAUGGCUCCACGGAGGCAAGAAGGUUCGCGCACCUGGCGCUGCUGCUGCUGAGCCUGCUGCUCGUGUCCCUGUCGUGGUGGGAGAACUUCCUGCCCGCCGGUUGGCUCCGGGAAUUCCGCGACGCCAUCGGCGAAUCGCGGAACCUCGCCGAGUUCUACGGCUCGCUCGUGCGCACGCUCAUCAUCGUGGCGGUCGUGCUGCUGGACGCGGGCGUCGAGGGCGAGUGGAGGAGCUUCAGCGCCAUCGGCGGCAUCGCGGAACACCGCGAGAGCAUGGCGCUCGCCCUGGCUCUGCUGGGCGUGCAGGCGGGCGCCUCCAUCCUCUGCAAGUGGCUCGCGAACGCCGCCUGCAAGAUCCGCCAGCAGGGGAGCUGCUUCGCCGCGCCGCUCUGCCUCGCCACGCCCGCCGCCCUGGCGGUCGUCUUCGCCCUCCACCUCGCGCUCGACGCCUCGGGCGACUCUCGCUACGACUGCGAGUCGGUCCGACGGUGGAACGGCUCCGAGCGGACGACGCCCGCAACCGCCUCACUCUUCUACGACCGCACGGCCGCCGCCGUCUGCUCGUUCGUAGGCGCCGGCGAGGACUCCGCGGUGGACGCCGUGGCCACGUUCGGCGCCGGGGCUCUGUGGUUGGCGGCGCUGCUGCUGGCGGCGGCGCCGGCGUUGCGCCCAGAUGACGCGAGGCGCAUGGAGCCCACACGCGAGCUCUUCGUGCGCCGCACCCCGCAGCCUGCGUGUCUCGUCGCGGGGCUGCUGCUCAACCGGCGGCAGCAGCAGGAGGAGGAGGUGGUGGUGCUGGAGGAGAGGAGCAACCACAAGCAAGAGAGGGUGAAGAUCUACUUGUGCGCAACCAUGUGGCACGAGACCAAGGAGGAGAUGACGAAGAUCAUCUCGUCCAUCCUGAGGCUGGACAGGAGUGAGCCAAAGGAUCUCAACGUCGGUUCCCGCGGCGGAGGGAAGAAGAAGAAUGAGAAAAAGGAGGAGAUGGAGAAGAAGGAGAAUAAGAAGGAGGAAGAAGAGGGGAAGGAGGGGCAGGAUGGGAAGAAGGAGGAGGAGAAGGAGAAAAAUAAAGAAGAGAAGAAGACGAAAGAGAAUGAGGAAAAGAAGCAGAAGGAGGAAAAGGAGGAAAAGAAGUGGGAGAAGGAGAAUAAUCAUGAGGAGGAGGAGGGGAAGACGGUGAAGCGGGAACCGUACGACUUCUCGGCUCACAUCUACUUCGACGACGCCUUCGAGAGGAAGGGAGAUCGCAUGGUGGUCAACCAGUUCGUGACCAGCCUCACGGACGUCAUCGCUGAAGUGUGCCGGUAUUUUGAGAAAAACUCGAAGAUUCCACAAGAGGCGCCCUCAAUGGAGAGGACUCAGACGCCGUACGGAGCGCGACUCUUCUACAAACUCCCGCACGGCAACUCGCUGUGCGUGCACCUCAAAGACAAGGAGAUGAUCCGCCACCGCAAGCGCUGGUCCCAGGUGAUGUACUUGUACUACCUCCUUGGCUGGAAGAUCUACCACAAGAUCCACACAGUUAAGAAAGAUGAACAAGAGGAAUGGGUAGAGAGGAAGAAGCGCAACACCUACGUGCUGGCCUUGGACGGAGACACGGACUUCUACCCCUCGGCGCUCUCCAUGCUGGUCGACCGACUCACGAGGGACUCCACCGUUGGCGCCGCCUGCGGGAGAAUUCACACGACGGGCGUGGGUGCGCAGACAGCUGUGGUGUGUGUGGUGGUGCAGGGUGUGUGUGUGGUGCAGGAUGUGUGUGUGUGGUGCAGGAUGUGUGUGUGUGGUGCAGGAUGUGUGUGUGUGGUGCAGGAUGCUUGUGUGGUGCAGGAUGUGUCACCUUGA